AUGGGGAAAUCUAUUUAUGAUGUUUUAAAAAAAUUUCCUGAAUGUAAAGAAAAGAUGGAUACACAUAUAAAGCAAAUCAGUCAAGGACAAGGAGACUGGGCACAGACAAUAUGUAAUAAAGAUACAAAUGAAUUUUUAAAAAAAGUUUUAAUAGUUCACAAUAAUAAACAAGUAAGCAGCUGUCUCGCAGCCAUGAAUUACUUAGCCGCCGUUUAUCAGAGAAAUGAUGAAAGUUUAAAUGAUGCCGGUUGUGAAUAUCUUUAUUAUUGGAUUUAUAAUAUACUGCCUAAAAAUGAUGGCACUGAUAUAAAUGUCGAUGUUAAAAAUGUUUAUGAUGCAUUACUUCAUAUAUAUACUAAGUUUUUAAGAGAUAAUCAAAUUUCUGAUGUAAGAAUAUGCAAAGGUCUUGAGGAUCCGGUUAUAGAUAUAUAUAAUCCAGAAAUCAAAGAUAUAUAUGAUAUGUACAAAAAAAUAUUUAAAAAGGAAUAUAAUCAAAGUGACAUUUUUAAAGAUGUGGUAGAUAUGAUAAAUAAUCACAAUACAGUAAUAGGAACUCUAAAUGGUGAAAUUAGUACAUCAAGAAUAACAACUCCUUGCCCAAGAAACAUUGCAGCUCCUAUUAUGAUUACAUUUGUAGUAACAGUAAUAGUAUCAAUUUUUAUAUUUGUUCUACUUAAGUUCUCAGAAUGUGGUUUAUGGAUUCGGCGUGCUAUAGUAUGGAAAAGAAAUCAUUGGGAUAACAUAAGUGAAGAAAGAAAUAUAUAUCAAGGUCCUGAAAUAUCUAAUAGCUUUUUAAGAGAUAGUAGAUAUAAUGUAUUGUACAAUUAUCCAUAA